GGAAGUGGCCGGAUGCUGCCGCGCCGGACAAACAAGCCACCGGAGACAAUCUGGGGAGGCAAAAAGGACCGGAGAGGGUGGCGCUAGGGGGCCGUCUCCGGCCAGUAGUAGGUAUGGAGGAAUGUGGGAAAAAACCUUCAGUUCAACAAAAAUAUCGAAUACCAAAGAAGGGGUUGAACAAAGAUGCACAGUCAGAUGAUGUGUAUGUUCAGUCUCCGUUGUCAAGGCUCCCAGAUGCUUACCAAUGGGAAAACCCGCUACAAGGGUGGACUUCAGGAUCAAGAAAUAAGACUUAUUCAAGUUGGAAGAGGAAAAGAUACUCUGAGAACUGCAGCAGUGAUGAAGGAUCAGCUUAUGGGUAUGGCAGGCAACCCAAAGUUAUCUUGACGAAUGUCCUGGAGACGGAAAUAGGAAGAAAAUACAUAAAGACACAGCUAAUAAAUGAUGCUAAUUUAUCUCAUGGUGUCAAGUUGCAAACAGAUCAACAAACCUCAUCAUCUGUUGACAGUGUAGAGAUAUGGCAAAUACUAAGUCCUCUUCGUGAAAGCCUUUUAAUAUCUGAAAGGCAACCCAAAGUUACCUUGACGAAUGUUUUGAGGACGAAAACAGGAAGACAAUAUAUGCAAAGACAGCUUUUAAAUGAUCUUAAUGUAUCAGAUGCUAACAUGUUGCAGUCAGAUGAACAGCUCUCCUCAUCUAUUGCCAACCUAGAAUCAUGUCAAAAAAUAAGCUGUCAACAAAGCCGUAUUUUAUCUAAAAGGUAUGGAAGAUGCCAUAGAAUGGCAAAUGACUGGAAACCACCCAAAGAUGCAAAAAGUAAUAAUGCCUUGCUGACCAUAAGAAAAUGUGAUGUACUGCUAGAAGAUUAUUUCAUUAAAAAAGAGGACUGGACAGAGAAAAGAAGGAAAGAUCCGAAAUAUCAAACUACUAACUUGAAGGAAACACAUUUUCGAAACAGUGAAAGCAGAAGACAGAGUGAUGUUUCUCUAAAUCAGUGCAACUCCUAUUCAUCACAAAAAUCACCACUGUCAAAUAAAGAACAAAUGAGAGAACGAAUUCCGUCACCUGUCUGCAGAAGCCCAAAUAAGAAUCAUAAGAACAACCUUCAGCAGGAAAAUAAUCCCCAGCUUUUGGAACCAGUUUCUGGUGAAAGAUUCAUUCCUGCAGAUAAUGACACUGUUGCCAGUUGUCCGCAUGAGAACAGCUCAAAAUCUUCUUCCAGGAGAGAGGUGCAUUCUGUCACUAGCAAGGAGAAAGAGAUGCUACCACUGGUCCCUGUUGCUAAGAAGCAGAAAAUUGACAUAACUCUGCCUCCAGAAGAGCCACUGAAUAAGCCUGAAAGAAGUAAGGAGGCAGCUGAUCCAGUUGAACCAAUUGUGCUUUCUAGUGAUGAAGAUGAAGGAAACGUUGAAGCAAAAGAUCCAGAGAAAUAUUUCCAGACUGGGAAAGGCUACGGACAUAAGAAAAAAGAAAAGAAACAAGAAUCUGAACUACUUGUUCCAGAAGUUCUGUCCCAAAGCGUAACUGAAAGCAAAACAGAACAGGUUUCAGAGGAACUGCUUGCACUCAAGUCUACUGCAGAUGACAGCAACCUCAGGGAACAGUUGGACCUUGCCUUAGAUAUCAAGUUUGAAAUGCUUUUUGUUGGGAAAUACAAAGGACCAGCAACAGAUUGUUUCAGAUUUACAACCAGAUGCAUUAAGAUCCCUUUCGAAGUGGCCCAUAAUAAGAAAAUAGAACUGUCUCUGGAUCCAAUGCACUUAAGAAGGUUGGGACUGUGGAUGAAUAAUGAUCCCUCAAUUGUGAAACAUGAUUUCAUCAUUUUUCUUUGGCUGUCAUCAGAUUAUGUGGGACAAAUUGAAAACAAAGUGGGGCUGUCUAUAUUAAACCGGCAAGUGAAAAAUACUGAACACGUUUUUAUAAAGCUGCUUGAGCCACUUACAGGGGAGGAGCAUGUCAUGCUGAAUAAGAUAUUAGUGGAAAUAAGCAAGAAGAAUCCCUCUCCAGAUCUCACUAACUCUAUACCCUGGGAGGAAGUUCUUCAAGAAAUAUCAUGUGAAGAAGACAGCUGCUUCAUGGACUAUUGCUACGAGUCAUUUCAGCAGCAGUUGCAAAAGGACAGUGUCUCAGUUCUGACAGAGACACCACCUCAGCAGGUAUCAAAGGCAAGCGUUCCCAAACCCAAUUACACUGUACUACAGAAGCAAAGUAAUGGCCAAUAUUCAUUUUCUAUCUCCUCUACAAAACGCAGUGAAUGGAAAGAGUUGCGAGAGGCUGGACCUGUUCAGAAUUUGAUCAUUUACCCUCCUCCACCAGCCAAAGGGGGAUUAGGUGUCACAAGGGAAGAUUUGGAAUGUUUAGAGCAUGGAGAAUUUCUCAAUGAUGUGAUCAUUGACUUUUAUCUUAAAUAUCUACUACUGGAAAAAGCCCCCAAAGAACUUGCUGAUCGGUCACACAUUUUUAGCAGUUUCUUCUAUAAGUGCCUGACCAGAACAGAAAAGACCUCUGAAGAAAAUCCUAAGCUUUCAUUAGCACAGAGAAGGCACAGAAGAGUCAAAAGGUGGACUCGAUACAUUAACAUUUUCAAUAAAGACUACAUUUUUGUGCCUGUGAAUGAAGAGUCUCAUUGGUACAUCGCAGUCAUAUGCUUCCCUUGGCUAGAAGAGGUUGUGUAUGAAGAUGCUCCAGGCCAGUGUUCACAGCAGUCAAGCUUGCAGCAAUUUCCACCUCAGCUAGAAAUAAGAAAUGAAACUGUUAAGACAGAAAGUGUUUUGGUCUUUAAGGAUAUCAAGAAUGAUAAAGAAAAAUCAGCAGUAAAUAGCAACGUGCAGCCCAAUGGUAAUAUUCAAGCAUCAGUUAUUUCUCCGGGAUUGGAUUCCUGUAGCUCAAAAAGUACAUCAAGUAUGUCUACACACAAGAAAAUUUCUAAAAGGCCAUGUAUUCUCAUCUUAGAUUCCCUGAAGGCAAGCUCUGUACAGAAUACCAUUCAGCUUUUGAGAGAAUACCUGGAAGCAGAAUGGGAGGCAAAACGCAAAACAUCUCGUGAGUUCAGCAAAUCAGUGAUGGUAGAUUUCUGCCCAAGAGUUCCAAAACAGGAUAACAGCAGUGAUUGUGGACUGUAUUUACUGCAGUAUGUCGAAACGUUUUUUCAGAGUCCUGUUGUUAACUUUGAGCUUCCAAUACACUUGGAGCGGUGGUUUCCUCGUCGAAUUGUUAGAAGCAAGCGAGAAGAAAUUAGAAACUUGAUCUUGCAACUUCAUCUGCAGCAGCAGAGUGGCAGCAAAAGCUAGCAAGACUCUUCCUAAUCUUGGAAAGAAGAUUUAUGCAAGAAGCCUUUUGUCCCAAAAUUUUUGAGUCCGUUCAUCAGCAUUUGUGCUUUGAAUGUUGCAAAGAGGAAUUGAGCCUGCAGUGGGAAGAAGGGACAUUAAUGUAAAGUUUUAGAGAUGCUCCCCAUGUGAUGUUUAAAAAUAACACUGAGUGCUGCUGGAAAUAUCAUUCCUAUGUCUUAACAUUUGUUAUGAAAAACAAAUCAUAUUUUGCUCUGGUGGAGGAGGAGGCAAAUGCUACCGAUUAGAGAUGGUGGGAACUAGAAAACAAACCAUGAAGUUCAUUAAAAAAUCAUUGAUUUGCAUUCGUGAAAACUGACAAACCUGAGCCGACCCAAACCAUAAACUUUUUUUUAAUGUUUUAAUGAAUUUCCUGGUUUGUUCCCCCCUCACUCCCACAGCCUGGCCCUCCCCGCUGCCCCUGUUACCUCUCUACCUACUCCUCCUCUUCAUCUUCCAUCUUGAGAGACAGCAGGCCUGUCUUCCCUUCCAGAGCUGGGCCUGCCAUUCCUAUGCACUCCCCCACCUAUCAGCAAUGCUGGAUCACCCAUUUGCAGCUGCACAGCCUGCCCCACCCACUUCCCUUCCCCCAUUGCCUCCCUACCUGAUCCUGCCCCAUUG